AUGUCUGCCUCCGAACCCGCCCCCGCAUUCACAUCUCCCGAAACUGCGGCGCCGGAGUUGGAUGUUCCCAAGCUCCAUGCACUUCCCUCCGAGCAACAGGACCUUUACCUGCUCACCUUUACCUCUGAUUUAGUGCAGUACAUAUCCGGCCUCGAUGCGGUGCAGGUCUCCGCACAGCAAAAAUCCCUCAAGCAGGAACUGUUCAAAAUCCUGACCCUCUCCUCCCCGACCCUCACGCGAGUCCUCCGCAACAACCUGGGACGAUGCUUCGGUGCGAUUCUGGCGAAAGGCGAUCGCGGGAUCCUCUUCGAGACGAUCACCGCUCUGCUAGGGAUAUUGAAUGCUAGUAAGAGCGAGGCUGAACUGAAGACCAAGUUCGCAGCCGUGCAUUGUCUGGGCGAGGUGUUUGCGACCGCUGGCGAGAGCGCAUUCAUGCAGUCAAAUGUUGCGAUUGCGGGCACACUCAAGUUGUUCAAGUCAGCCAGCAGUCAUACUGGCUUGCGCGGUGUUAUAUUCUCUGUGCUGCGCAAGAUCGUUGUGGGAAUUGGGGUCCCAAUCGACGAGUCAGUCGCGCGGGACAUCUGGAAGCAGGCGCGGAAUGCGGCGACGGGCGACAAGUCGACUUCGGUCCAGGUCCACGCGUGUCGUUGCAUGGAACAACUGAUUAAUACGACACCCUUUUUCGACAAUACGAACGACUUCGACAACUUGAAAACUACCAUAUGGAAGGCAAUUGAUAGUCCGACUGCACAAGUUCGCCAUGCCGCGGCUGCUGUCCUCGGGCGAGCGCUUGUCAAGCUACACGUCAGCGAGACGUAUGUCAUUGCAGCGCCCAAACCGAAGGCAAAGAAGUCGAAGCGAAUGUCCAAGAUGCCAGCCCCUCGGCCGGGGGAGGAGGACGAGGACGAAAUGUCCGAGUCAUCUGUGGCGGCCGCCAAUGCGGCUAAGAAAGACGCGCGGUUGUUCUUUCUCCUCCCCGAUCUCCUACGGCAACUAUCCUCCCAAUACUUGAAAAGCACGACCACGAAUCGCUCGCGCGCCGGAAUUUGCCUAUGUUAUAAGUACGUGCUUCGCAAUUUGGCUGAUAAAACCGUGGAGGAACGGUAUGGGCAAAUUGCGUCGAAUCUGCUCUUCGAGCUGCUGAACCACCCGACGGUCACAUACAACCGGUUUCGACUCCUCAUGACUCGCAAGUUUGUCAAAACCAUUCUCGAGGACACCAUUGGCCGCGAAUUGCUUCGGGAGAACAGCCAACUGAAUGCUGCUAGAUGGCUUAUCAAUGAUAUCCUGAAGGAUUACCCACAAGUCAUCCAGGAACGCCGUGAGCCGAGCAAGUAUACAUUGACAAGCACUAUUAGUGCUUUAUCCUCUCUCAUCGCGUCCCUUGGCUCUGCAUUCGGCGUUCUCGCCGACAGCUGCCGUGAUGCGUUGCUUCAGGUUCUCCCUCACCCAAGCUAUACGGUCCAGAUCCACGCAGCGCACUGCUUGCGAGGCUUUGUGCUUGCAUGUCCCCAUCAGCUUCUCUCAUGCGUCACCAUUUGCAUGAACAGCUUAAACAGAGAAAUUGGCCAGCUCGCCACACCAAGGCAUUCUCCCCGUCGCUGCAUUGGAUAUGCAAACGGUCUCUCCGCAAUGCUCAGUACUUCCCGUCUUCAACCGCUGUAUGGUGCAGUCGAUGUGUUUGCUCAAAUUUUCACCCAGGCAACAGAUCUUCUCAAAAACAGCACCACCUCUGAGCUACGAGUUGCAAGCACCCAAGUCCAGACGGCUUGGAUCUUGAUUGGUGGAUUGAUGCCCCUUGGACCAAGUUUCGUCAAGAUCCAUCUCUCCCAGUUGAUGCUACUCUGGAAGAAUGCCCUGCCGAAGCAUUUGAGCAAAGAGAACUCCGCUCAACCGAGUACGCUGGAAACAAGUUUCCUUGCUCAUGUGCGAGAGUGCGCCCUGAGCGCCUUGCUGGUCUUCAUGGAAUUCAACAGCAAGCUUAUCACCGCUGAUGGUGCGAAGAGGAUAGCAGGAAUGCUGCAGAAUACAGUAGAGUUUUUGAACGAAGUACCACGGCCCAAGUCUAUGGAGGAUAUCUCACAGCGACUACAUCCGUCUUUACAGCUUCAUGACUUUACGACCAUGGUCCGCCGUCGAGUUCUCCAGUGCUUCUCAAAGUUGGUCCAUGUUCACCAUCCUAGUCAUGGCGAUAUCAUCUUCCAGUCCAACCUUCUCAAUCUCGCCAUCUCUGCAUUCGCCGACCCAGAAAUCCAGAACCGGCCGUUGGAAAGCUCCAUUGCGGGCUCAACGGGUCAAUUUGAUGGCCUGUGGGAUCUUUGCGACAACUAUGGAUUUGGCGUCACUGGUCUUGCCCGGGAAUACAUUCGCGUCGCCCUGACUGGAUCGCAUGGCAACGAGAAUGGUCCCGCCUGGUCUGCGAUUGAUUCCGCGGACCAAGCUGUUGACGACACUUUGACCUUCCCCAUUUGUGAAGCUAUUGAGCAUGAUUCGGUGCUUCUGUAUAGCUUGCGCGGUGGCGAUGCGCUAUGUGUGGACCCACCCACCACCGGAGUUGUCAAUGCAGCAAUCGAUCUUUUUUCGGUUGCUAUUGCUCUUCAUUCCCCCAAGAUGCAAGAGAGCAGCGUGGAGCAAAUCGCCACGUUCCUAUCUUCCUCGACGCUCCAGAGGAAUCCUGGGAGGAAGGCAGCAUUAGUGGUCAACAUUUCGGUGGCCCUUCUACAUGCCUUGAAGGUUGCUGUAAAAGAGACAGACUUUGUGGCUGGAAAGCUGAACCCAUCCACCGACAAGAUUCUGCAAGAGCUCGUUCAGAAAUUUGUGGUCGACACUGACCCUAUCGUCCGCACCAUUGGAGUUGAGGCGCUAGGACGUCUGUGUGACAGCGCUGGAAAUGCAUGCACUAACGCGCAAGUCAGUUGGCUUGUAGACACAAUCGUCGCGAACAGGGAGCCGAAUGCCCGAGCUGGCUGUGCUGCUGCUUUGGGAUGCAUUCAUUCUCAAAUCGGUGGAAUGGCAGCUGGUCUGCACCUUAAGACCAUUGUUGGCGUGCUCAUGUCUCUUUGCAAUGAUCCUCAUCCAGUAGUGCACUUCUGGGCUCUUGGCGGCUUAGAGAGAGUCGCGAACUCCGCUGGCUUGACCUUCUCGCCAUUCGCCUCCAGCUCGUUGGGCAUGCUUGCCCAGCUCUACAAUGCUGACACUCACAAUGAGGAAGCAGCAUCAUUGGCGACUUCGAACAUCGAGAUGUCGUUCCUGACACCAGUGGUCAUCAGUCGAUGCGUGGACUCAUUGAUCAACGUUCUCGGACCGGACUUGCAAGAUGUUGCGAAAACUCGCAACCUCAUUCUUACCCUGCUUCGCCAGUUCCAGUUGGAAGAAAAACCUGCCUUAGUUACGGAGAGCUCCAAGUGCUUGGAUCACUUUUCUCUUUAUGCGCCCAGCUUUGUGGACUUCACUGGAUAUGUCAAGCGCUUGCAGACCGAGCUUCGCGCAAGCAACUCCUUAAUGCGAGAUGUAGCUGUUCGCGGACUCAGCAACUUGAUGAAAAGAGACGCCACUUCUGUCGUGCAAGCAGCGACUGAAACACUCGAGGAUGAUAUCUGGCUUGCCUUCGACGACGCACCAGACAACCGACCUCUCAAGACAAUGAUCCAGGAAUGGCUUCAGCAGACUGCUCUUACUGAGACUGAUUUGUGGAUCCACCGCUGCCACAACAUCAUGACAAAAACUCGUAACAAGGUGGAACCACCGCCAACAACCGCUGUCCAGGCUGUUGCACCUGAUAUUCCUGACGAUGAAGUCGCUGGAUUUGCCUCUGCAACUGCUGGUGAAGGGCAAACCGAUUCCGCUAACGAUGGUGUCUCCGGCCAAGAACUUUUGAAAUGGCAGACGCGCAACUUUGCCAUGAGCUGCCUCUAUGAGCUGUUGGCAACGGUCCAAGAAGCUAUUCUGCCCGACCAAACCAUUCCGGCAGAAUUGGCGCUACAGUCCAAGGUUGGAGACAUCGUGCGAAUGGCGUUCUCUGCAUCCACUGCCAGUGUCAUUGAGCUGCGGGUGUGGGGUCUGAAGAUUAUCGACCAAGUCUUGACCAUGUUUGGAAAGACUCCGGACCCGGAUUUCGCCGAGGCGUCCCUUUUGGAACAAUACCAGGCUCAGAUCGGAUCUGCCCUGACACCAGCAUUCGCGGCUGACUCCUCUGCGGAGCUCGCUUCUGAGGCAAUCAAUGUAUCGGCCACAUUUAUCGCUACUGGUAUAGUGACGAAUGUGGAUCGGAUGGGCAGAAUCCUCAAGUUCCUGGUCCUUGGUCUCGAAAACUUCGCGAAGAACCCUGACACGACUGUGAUCGGCGAUCUCAAGGGGUUGAACUCUAACGCACGGGUGAUGGUCAAACUAGCCCUUUUCUCUGCGUGGGCUCGGCUGCAAGUCGCAAGCAUGGAGCACGAGUAUCUCAAUCAGGUGGUUCAGCCUUAUCUCGCUAGGCUUACUCCACUUUGGCUGUCUUCCCUUCAGGAGUAUGCUCGUUUGCGAUUUGAGCCAGAUAUUUCGGGUGCUUUGGGUACGAGUACACAGAGCGACGAUCUGGAUGAGGUUUACGCUGCACUGAAUCGUGAGACAUUGUUGAAGUUCUACCAAGACACGUGGCUCAAUCUCGUUAACGCCAUUGCUGGGCUUGUUGAAAAGGAUAUUGACUUCGUCUUUGAUGCUCUGGAUGGCAGGCUCCAACUGGCCGAGGACGCAAAUAAACCCGACACAUCGGAAAAGAAGGGCGACGAUGAGGGAGAAAAAGACAAGGAUCUUCCGAAUGGCGAGCCCAAGGGCAAAGGACAUGACAUCAACUACCGUGAAGAACCCGUUGCCUUCUUCUUUGUGCUGUUUGGUCUUGCUUUUGAAGCGCUUGUUGACCAAUCAACCUUGGCCUCGCAACGGUUGCAGAUUCUGCAAGCUCUCAAGCGAAUCCUGAGGCCAAUCAUUUCUGGAAAUGCCAUCUAUCAAGACGCGAUUUUCUCGGAGACGAUGGAUACCUUUGACCGUCUCGUGUUGACUGAGGCCACUCCUAUCCAGACCGUCAUUGUUGAGAUUGCACAAAAUCUAUCGCUGGAUCACCCAGCUGCACAGAGCAACCAAGAACGGAGUGACCAUCUGUCGGAUGAUAUCGAGCAACUCUUCGAGCUAACCAGGAGCAUCAUCCUUGUUCUUGCUGGCAUGCUUCCGAACCUCCGGGAGUCGACCCCUAUGGCACGUUUUAAUGUGACAUCGGAUGAUUCUCUUGCGCUUAUUCGCUUGGCGCUUGGCUCACUUGUUGACGUGGCAUCGGUCUUCCCAUCGAUCAUUCGCAAUGAUCUUCACGCCUGUAUACUGCACAUCUUCACCACUAUUCUUGCCACGGGUAUCUGCCAGGCAGAGGUUGUGCCGCAGGCCCUACCUAUUUUCCGGCAGUUCAUCCAGAGCAUUACUCAAUCCUCUGACAUUCCAGAAGACCUUGACGUGGUUGCUUUCCAACUACGUGGCUGCCUUACUCGGUUCUUGACCAUUCUCACCAUUGCCCAGCGCCGAGAAUCGGAUUCUUCUAUGCCCUGUGCUAAGAAUACCCUCUUAGCUAUCACUUUUCUCCUGACGACUGGUGGACAUGUCCUCCCGCCCCAGGAACCCGUCAUCAACUCCGUCCUUGACGAGUUGCUUGACUGCCUCCAUGAUGUCGGGCUCGCCACUGUUGCUGCCAGCUGCCUCCGCUCAAUUCUUUCCAAGCCCGGCCCGCGCUACAUGACAGACGACGUGAUCGCUCGGUAUCUCAUUCCCCGGCUCAUCGCCUUUCUCGUCAGCUGUCCAGAGGACUCUGGCGAGGUGCCUAGCGACCCCGAGAACUCGCGUUCUGUUAUCGCACGCACUCUUGUGUCGUGUGUGACCAACUCGAUCUUUUCGCCUGCCGCAAUGCCUACCGCAACCUCGCUCGUCAUGUCUGCGCUGUUGGCCCGCGCCAAACACGAGGGCCAAACGGUUCACACAGAAUCUGCCGUCUAUAUCCUUGAGCUCGCCAAGGCAGACCAGGUCAUCUUCCGGACCUUGGUGGCGAAUAUGAAUGCAGACCAGAAAUCGCUCUUAGAAGAGGUGCUCCGUAGUGUGGGUGUUGGUGCGGGGGCGUCCAAGUCGGGCGAUGCGGAGGUAAUCACUCAACAGGCCGCGCCGACUAUCGCCCUGCGCAUGGAUUUCUAA